GCAAAGAUGUCGGUAGUGAAGGAGAUAGUUCUGUAUUUUCAAAAAGAUUUGUAUUGCAAAAUAACCGAGAUUGCUCCUAAAAGGGGUAGUGCCAAUGAAUAUCUUCAAUGAGAAUGAAGAAAGUUUCGGUGGCUGAGGAAAACAAUGGAAAAACUCAAGGAAAAGAGGGAAGCAAGCUUAACAGGUCCUCUAUGCAACUUGCAAAUAGAGUGGAUAUUCAGCUGAGGUCUGCAGUGGAAUGGCAAGAUCUUUUUCAUCCAGAUGCUGUUGUAUUGCGACAGAGGCUUAGAGCCCAGUGCGAAAGCCUUAUUCUUCAUCAUUCCAAGGAAUAUGGCCGUAGGGCUGAAGAACGACUAUGGAGAAAGGUCUUCUACGAUGUCAUCCAGAAGCUCAGGAACCAUAGAAAGAUCCAAGAGGGUGAUACCCUUCCUCUAGAUGGAGUUCUCCGCACCCAUCUGUCCUCUGCAGCUGGAUAUUAUUACCACCUGUUGACUCAUCUUCAGCGGCGAUAUCACCUUGCUGUUGAUGGUAUAUUGUCUUGGGGUUUGCUAUCCAGGCACCAAGCUGAAAAUCAGGAUGAAGAGGUCCAAUCCUGGGCAGUAAAAGCCUGUCAACGCUGUCUCAUAUUCCUUGGAGAUAUUGCACGGUAUCAAUCAGACAUUGAAGGAGAAGAUGCUAUUAAACUUGCUGAGAGGUUCUACUCUGAAGCAGCUCUCAUUAAUGUUGACAUAGGCAUGCCUCAAAACCAACUUGGAACCCUUGCUGGCACGAAAGCUUAUGGCUGUGAGGGAGCCUAUUUUUACUUACGCUGUUUGUUGUCCAAGGAGGUGUUUGAUGGUGCUGAAGGAAACUUGCUGAGAAUUUUUGAAAAGAACCGUUCCAUCCUGCAUAGGAUUAAAGAGUUGCCUUUGGAUGAGCCCAGACCCAAAGAAAGAUUAAAGAGGUUUCUAGUGUACUUCUUGUACCUCCAAGAUGUGUUGUACCAGCAUGAGAAUUCACCCGAGAUAAGCAGUGAAGACAUAGGUCAUCUUUGCCAGUCAGUAUUACAGGACUUCAGUAGUGUCCUAUCUGUAGAUCCAGCCUCCUCCACUCCAAGCCACAACUCAUCACUAGAAAAUGGUCUGAUUGCUGCUCAGGAAAAUGGCGGUCUGGAGCAUGACGUCACUGAAGACAUCGAUGACGUCAUAAGCAGCUCGCUUAUGGUGAAGCUGGUUGUCAUGGCGAUUGCAGCUGUGACCAGACUACAGUCAAAGGGUUCUCAAGAGUCGUCGGUAGCAAUAGCGUUCACUUUAGCGUUCUUGUCUCUUCUUCUUCAACACUGUAUUUCGUCGUUAGAGAUUUACUUAGCUAAAGAACACUCCAACGCAGAACACCAAGUGAUGAACGGACCAGCAAAUGCUGUGCUCUCACACAACGGGCUGAAUUCGGAAAAGUUGUCGAAACACGAUAAUUCCGUGACAGGAAUUACAGCGCAAAGUAAUUUAAACCGAAACAAAGCAAUCAAGAACGUCUUGAAACAUCGGCGACGAAGGAGGAGGCGAAGAAAUAUCGAUUACAGCUUUGACAGCUACAGUGGCAGCGGAAGUGAUUUGGAGGAGUCGGAAGACAAUGAAGAAGACGAAGACAGCGACUUGAGUGAAGGCGGAGAAAUGGACGGGGAGCUGGAGGAUUUGGUCAGCGAUGAAGAUGACAGUGAAGAUGUUUAUGUAGAAAGUGAAUCGGACGAAGAGGGUAGUAACACUGGAUCCCUGCCAAAGGCGAUGUCCACGGCUGCAAAUGGACGACAUCUGAUGAAGGAAACACAGCAUAAACCCGCAGACAAGUCGCUUUGUCAUCAAACUGCUUCAGACAAGCUGGGGUUUAGAGCCAGUCUAUUGGGACAGAAUGGGAUUUCAGUGGGGAAAGUUUUCAGGCCUGAUCUGUUCAGUGAUGUGAGCGACGCAGAAACAGAGUCUUCAGUGGCCUCAAGAGCUGAAAUACUUCGAGAUUGUGUAGAAUCCAACUUGCUGAAGGCCAUAGCCAAUCAGAAGCUCUUACCUGCCAUCAAGGUGAUGACUGACUGGCUGCGACUCAACGGAGAACUGGUGAUGACUUGUGUUGAGAGCCUCAGCUCCCUGUGGUCAAGACUGGCUGUUCUACUGAACAAGUUUCCAUCGCCAGAGCAAAUGAUUGUUGCAGUUCCAUUAACAAGACUGCAAACAUGGCAAAGUGUUCUUGACGAGCCGCUCGAUAAGGACUGGGUCCAAACACGUGGUCUACCAGAAGACAUGUCUCUGUUAGGAUUUACUCCACUGACCGCUAUACACAAUAGGCUCGACAGGAAGUGGAGCAGGCUUACGAGGGACUGCUACUAUCUUGAGGCUGCAGUUCGAGUUCAGUGUUUGAGAAGCUUUGGAAUGAAGGUGGCUUCUACUCAGGAGCUUAGUUCGUUCGAUUGGGACCCGAACACACAUCAGUUUGUUGGACCUCAGCAGAUGGCGGAACGAGAACAAAUGAUGGCUGUUGAUAAACGACCCGCAGCACCGCCUGUGGGAGAUCAUGAUAGACGAGCUAGAGUGAUGAAAGUGAUGGCGCAACAGUUAUUACAGUCGGAAGUGGCUGAACUAGAGAGCACCCUUAACGCAGCUCCUAAUGAUGGACCAGUUUAUGUUGUUCCUGAUGCUAUGGCACUUUGUACUCAGUUACAUCUGGUGCGAAGACUGAUCGCCUCGGAGAAACUUGUGGUCAUCAUUCCUAUCCAAGUAAUUUCUGCGCUUGACGAUCUGAAAAAGUAUGACAGUGGUGCGAGAGAGGCUACUAAGUUUUUAGAGCAGGAGUUUAAAAAAGGCAACAGAUGGAUUAGAGCUCAAAAAGAGAAUGAAACCUUAGACGGACAACGGAGGCGCGGACGUUAUGAGGACGUGGCAGUGUGGCGUUUCAAUCAAAUCGUCAGCUGUUGUCGCUUCUUCCUGCGUCAAACUGGCAAGGGCCUCGUGACUUUACUAACCGGAAGUACCUCGUAUGAGGCUCCAAAGCGAGGCCAAAGAAAGGGUGUGACCUCUAGUGGUACCCAGGCUACCCCAGAAGCAGUGGAAUUUGCGCGAAGCUACGGAGUCAACGUGGAAUCUCUUCGCGCGUUCUGUGCCCGGUUCUCCAAGCAGUAUAAGGCAGUUACGUGACGUUUCGUGGAAAUCCAGAUGUUCUGGAAGAGAUAAAGAUAUGAUGGGUUGUGCACCUAACCCUAAACCCCAACCUAAAAUGUAGGGCUGAAAAACAACAUGACCCAGCAAUACCAACCUAGCCGGGUGCAGUCUAUAGAUAAAGCAAACCACCACAGGGUAACCAGCUUGUUCCCUAUUGCUUAAGGAGAUGUUUAAGUGUAACCUUUCAAGUAUGGCACCCCUUUCCAAGAUAACGUUCUAAAAAUUGUAGACGAAUUUCAUUUCAGCCUUUAUAAAGGUGUGUGCGGCUUUCAUUAGCUGUUACAGCUCGCAAUUUCUGUGUUUGAAGCAAAACGUUCGGUUGUCAUUCGGCCAUCAAUGGCCAUACCCAUCAUGUAAGACAAAUCCUAUCUUCCUGCCUUCUCGACUUAAAUUUGUAUUUGAAGUAACAACUGUGGGAGGGUGGGGUCGUGAGUGAUUGGUAUUGAACACUAAGUUGUUGCAUCUCGAUAGAAGUCGGUUUGACCUCCGCCGAUUAUCUCGGAUUUUGUCUGAAAAUGUCAGUAAUGAAGGUAAAAGUUAAAAUAGGUAGACCAUGAUUUAUUGUGUUGGCUCUCAGCAAUCUUCAUUAUUAAGUGUUUUCCAAAAUGUUUCACGUCAUGACGGUAGAUAUGUUACGCAAACACACUCGUUGCUGUCAAAAUUACGCUUUGUUGCUAAAUGUGCGCAGCUAAAUGUGCGUAAUAGUAUGGUAGGCAUGGGUAAAAGUACCUCCAUUUAUUUUCAUGAAUAACUUGGACCAUUAGAAACGGUUUUUCCUUAUAUUUAAAGGUGAUGGCAUACUGAUCCAUGUGAAAUGUAUUGGAACCCAGCAUGAUUAGUUUGCUUGGAAAGACACGGUUUGAAAACCUUCCUGUUUGAAAAGUUUUUCUUUUGCACACUAUUUGAUCAUGGGGCAUGAUUCGACGUUGCUUGAUUGAUUCAUUUCACGCGCUUUAAAAGUAAACAUCGAGCAGAUAAGUAGUAAGGUGGCCGAAUAAGAAAAUGUUAGAUCUUGAAAGGUGUCAAAAAUCGACGUUGCAUUGAUGCAUUGUAGAGACAAUUAGUGAAUCAAUAAAUGUGUUUUCUUGGACAAUCACUCUUUUAUCUCAUGAUUAAAACUGAGAAACAA